UCAGACUGGAGACUGACAAUGGCCACGGACUGUCAGAUGUGAUCAUUUUACGUCGCUUUAUUUUCUUUCUAUAUUUAUGUGUCUUAGUCCCCUAACGAGAUGGGUUUGACACAGAGUUCGGAUGCAUCCGAUGGCACAACGUAUGGAUAUCACGUCCACGGUGUCCAGCCAAAUUCCCCUGCAGAAAAAUGUGGACUGCAACCGUUCUUUGACUUCAUUGUGUCACUCGACCACAAAAGACUGAAUGUAGAAAACGACCAACUGAAGGAGGUACUGAAAGCCAAUAUGGAGAAAGCGGUGAGCAUGGAAGUGUACAGCACCAAGAGCAUGAUGAUACGUGAGCUGGAGGUGACACCCAGCAAUAUGUGGGGCGGACAAGGCUUACUGGGGGCCAGCGUUCGCUUUUGCAGCUUCCAAGGAGCCAAUGAAAAUGUUUGGCACGUCCUGGAUGUGGAACCCAGUUCACCAGCUGCACUUGCAGGUCUCCAUCCGCACACAGACUACAUUGUUGGAGCAGAUCAGGUGUUGCAAGAUUCAGAAGACUUUUUCUCGCUGAUUGAAGCUCAAGAGGGGAAGCCUGUGAAGCUACUGGUGUACAGCGCACUCACGGACGACUGCAGAGAAGUGGUGGUCACACCAAAUGGCGCGUGGGGAGGCGAGGGAAGUUUAGGUUGCGGCAUUGGGUAUGGCUACCUGCAUAGAAUCCCGGCACGUCCUGAUGUACCGACAGUAAAGACCCCCGUUCCCCCUUCCCCUGAGGCGAGGCCGCCUCCAGAACUGCCUAACCACGGCUUCACAGAGGCAUCACUGAUGGCACCUUCAAGCCAAAGUGAAGACAUAUUAGGAGUGAGACAGGUCACCUCUGAGGAUGCCUCUCUCCCUUCUCCCGUACAGAGUGUCUUUGAUGCUGGCUCCUCUAAUUCUGAAGUGGCCAAUAUGAGCCCCGUUCCUGCUGAGUUGUUGGAUAAGCUGGAUCUGUCCAUGUCGUCUGUUGACAUGAACAACACGUCCCUUGCGAUGAACUAUGAAAAAGACAACGAGAUCUCCGGUGUUGGUGAGCUUGAUGGAAGUGAACUGCAAUCAUCCAAUCAGAUAGACCCUGAAGAGCUGAACUCCCUAGUCCCCACAGAUUUAGGUUCUGCAGUCAUCACCAGUCAAUCUGAUUCUUGCAUUUUAGCGGAAGAGCCAUCUUACCUCAGCUCCACUCACAAGCCAGACUCACUCUGUGAGUCAAGUCAUAGCCCUAGUCCACCACUAGGCACAUUGUCUCCCCAGAUAGACCCACAGGAGCUGCACAGUGAACAACUUCCUUGUCCCCCUGCUACUGACGUUCUCCCAUUGGAUUGCCAUGUGGAUGAUUCACCUACUCAGGAAACUGAAGAUCAAUGCAAAGAUGAGACUCAUGUGCAUCACUGUACGCAUGGGGACACGGCGACUCAAGCAUAAGCGCUACUGAAGAAGGCCAAAUGAAGAAGAGUGCACAAAAGCAAGCAAACGAAAAAGCCAGUGACAAUCCCCUCAGUCUGUUUUUAGACCAGCAUUAAAUAUACAUAUAAUUAGAGGUCGACUAAUAUGGGAUUUUCAAAUGCCGAAAAGGAUAUUUUAAAACAUUUUCAGCCGAUUGCCGAUAUCCAAAGACGAUUUUUUUAGCCAAUAUACUUUUUUUAAGCAUAUAGAUUAUGAAAGGCAAUCUUUAAAAAAAAUGCUUAAAUAGCUUCAAAUUUACAAUGAUUACCAGAGAUUUAAAGGAUUAAUUCGGUCUAGUGCUACCAAACCAACAAAAAUAGAACUUUUUUUAUGAUUAUACAAACACAGCAAGAACAGUACAUUAUUUUCAAAUAACUAAACCCACAAGGAUGUCAUGACGAGAUGCAAACAAGUGAGAGUUUAAGAGGAUGGUAAACCGAAUGCUACGCUACGAGUUACAUUUAGAGUGUAAGGAUCACUCCGUAAACACCUUUAAAGGGAACCUCAGACUUAAAGACUUGUAGGCUCUAAUAAGCCACAAAUCUUUUACUAAAAUAUGUUAUUAGAAACAUAAAAUAUUGCCAUUGAUUUAAACAUCAAUAAUAUUUAGUACAAGUUUUGACCUACGGAGGGCACCGUGUUUUAUGCGCGCAAUGGACACUCAGGGUGAUGACGUAGUUUGUCACUGUCACUAGACCAACACAAUCGGUCUUGUGCAAUUUCUUUUACACGGCGAGAAGUCCAACACUUGCGCACAUCGGUUAAAAGCGGCAAGUAGUAACUAUUUGUCUUCUAUUACCUUUUCAUUGCCUCUAAAUACUUUUCGCAUGUGUUUCCCGCUCAUACUUUUAAGCAUUGUGUUUUCUUGUGGUAGCUUUACAGCAGUACACCGGUUUUGUCCCUUGUAUUCUCGUCUCGUCCCAUCCCUUCUUUACUGGUCAUUUUGUUUUUGCUGCCCGUUUUGUGCAAUAUCGACAAUACUGUUAUGCACAAUAAUGUUCCUCUUGGGUUCAUAUUGAAAGGGUUGAACACAAGGGCGUCGGUUUGCAUAGGGAUGGUAGGAACAUAACACUCCAAACUUUUCAAGAUGCUCAAAUUGUCCCCACCAACUUUAUUUGCAGCCUUAUUUAAGGUUAAGGUUGCCCUAGCAACCUUAUUUGCAUUAUAUACUGUAAUUAGUUGAGAUUUAUAGGUCAUUAAAAAAAAGUUUUGUCUUCCCAUAUGUUGUAAGGAUUGAAUAGACCCUACUGGAAUGAAGUGAAUUAUUUUCAUUUUGCUCAGACUUCCAUUUAUGACUUUUCAUUUGCUGAAUGUGCCGGUAAUUUGUUUUUCUCUCCGAUUUUCUCAUGAAUCUCAGAUUCAUGUCGACAAUAUGCCACCUCUUCUGUCCCCUUAGAAGAGGACCGAUAUUAGAAGUUUUUUUUCAGCCAGUAGUAGCCACUGGAAGUAAUGUAAAAAGACGUCAAUGUUGUGGAGGUAGGGGAAACUACUACUACUACCACUAAUUUUGUUACUGAAAGUCCGACCUGCAUCAGACUCAGCAUAACAUUAAACUGUGUGAAUCUGCUAACCUGCAAAACUGCGGUCGGGCCAGCCUAGACAAGGAACAACGAUGUCUAGCUAGCUUUCCGUCAUUUGGAUAAUUUUUUGCAUUAUGUACAUUAGGGUAAUGCAAUGCAGUGGCUUCAGAGUCCAAGUCCCUUUAUUUAAAAAAACAAAAAACGGACAGCUGUCCAAGAAUGGGUCCACUUCAGGGGCACUCUGACAUGAACAUGAACUGACAUUAAAAAAAAAAUCUAUGAAAUGAAAUCACACAUCAGAAUUUCAUGAGAGUAUUUUGGUUCAAGUCUCUAUGGCUGAUCCAGUGUCCCUCAGACGUGGACCCCUUCUUGGUUAGCUCCCCAUUAUUUUUGUAAUAAAGGGACUUUCACUUCAAAAUGUUUCUUUAGUAGUUUUUGAAAACAAAGGUUUGAAUCAAACAUUGUAUCACCUGAACCAAUACACAUUAAAGUUAGUAUAAGUCAAUACAGAUUUAUUUUGCAUUGAUCAAUAAGCCUAUCAAUUAAUUAGGAUCAUAGUGAGAAAUGUAGCCCUGACCCCCAUUCAAUAAUCUGUUUGUCUUAUUAAUGUCCCGUCCCCAUUAAAAAGUGUACAUGCAGGGUAUGCUGUUAUAUUGUCCCUUCUGAUGGGACCAAACCUACGCCCUUGGUUGAACAGAUGACGUUUAUGUCGCUAGAGUCAUACUCUGGAGGCCCGGCAGCAUAACCAUGUGACAUCACCGCCCUGCGACGUCAACAACAAUGGCGACCUACUAGUUAAACUAAUUUUACAUAUUGUAUUAAAACGGAAAUAUCAAGAGGGAUUUUAAUAUCAAAUUAACUCAUAAUAACGUUUAUCUUUUAAGAACUACAAGUCUUUCUAUCCGAGAAUCCCUUUAAAAGGCUAAACCAACAUUGCAUAUUCUCUCAUGCAAGAAAAAAUCACAGUAUUUACAAAACAGGCUUGCCUGAAUCUUCCUGUAGCAGCCGGUCUUCAAGCUGCUGCAGGGUCCUUUCGUGGUCCCACUGUCAGUCAGCGACGGCAACUGUUGCCCGCACAGAUGCCUGAUCAGAAUCCUUUUUAUCGGCUUAUUUUUUGUUAAUCAGCCAAUGGCCGAUAUUGGGAAACAGUCCUGAUAUCGGUCGGCUGCAAUAUUGGUCGACCUCUACAUAUAAUGCUCACCGUUAAGUACUUGAGUAUCUUGAUUGUAGUAAGCUUCUGUAUUGAUGCUUCCAACUUUGAGUCAUGGAGCUGACAAAAAAACCUCACCAGUGGCAAUUUAAAUAUUCACUCACUGGAACACAAAAAGAAGGGAAAAGCAAAGUUUGGCUACUUACGUUUGCCACAAAUUGGAGGAUUUUGGCCUUGGAGACCUCUAAUCUGGCACGUGGCCCCUAAAUGAAAUUGUGUUAAGGAAGUGUUUAAGGUUUGUUGUUGCGUACUCAACGGUGAGCAUCAGAUCUACAUAUAAUGAGCACUAUAUGUACAUAUAAGGCUGAAGAAGCCAGAAAUGUACAAUAAUAUAUGCUGUUUUUAUGUGCAACAAGUUACUGCUAAUUUUAUAAUGUUCUAAUGUAUCGUCUCCCAGUGCAAGUGGAUAGAAGUCUUCAAAAGACCGACAUUACACAUUGUCACAUCACUACAGAACCAUCAAUUUUCUUGUUAAAAUGAGAGGCUGACUUUUUGAAUAUCUAUGUUAAGCUGCUUGAGCUGGUAAUGUAGACCCCUUUAGGCUUUUUUUCCCAAGAGGUCAUUAGGUUUUUAAAGCUGCCUUGCUUUUAGUGUAUGAGAUGUAGUAACCCUUUCAGCACAAGGCUAAGCAGUUUCGUAAUCUAUGCAAUAUUUGACAGCUGUUACUCUUCUCGGGGGGCAGGCAAUCAAAUAAGUGGCCAGUGUAGGGGGUAAUUAUAUUGUCAAGGUGCUUAAAGUUUCAUGUUUUUGUUUUGGGGUUGCAUAAAAAGUUGCGAUAGUAAAAUUAUUUUUGCAGAUACUCUAUUUUCCCCCCCCUAAUUUAGUAAUGUGUGGUCUACUGGUUGAAUAUUUAACACACUAAAUUGAGUCCCUUACUCUUGUUUCCAAAACACUAAAGACAAAACACAUCUUUGCAAAAUCUUCAUAAAUGUAUCACUGUUAAACCAUUCCAAUUUAUUUCUUUGGAAGCCUAAAAUAUACAUAUUUCACAAAUUAUUACAACAAAGAUUAUUACAGUUUCAUCACCAAAUUGGGGUUUUGGCCAACCAGACCUAUCGUGUUCGCGCCUGCCUUUGUGACUAAACGAACACCAAGUUUACAAUAAAAAGAUCUGUUCUGCUUGGUAAUACCGAGAAAGGGAGUUUUUUUCUUCUCUCCACUUUGUUUUGGUGAGGACAAACCAUAUAAUAUUUUACUAUGCUCUUAUUUAAAUGAACUAUACAUUAGGAACAGCUCUCGUUUUGACCAAGGCCAUUGUUAAUUACCCAAGGACAGUGAGAAUCUCACUAUAUAUAAUUUCCUUUUUCUAAGAUGAUUUUGACAACUACAAACAUUCUUAAAGAGUAAACUGCUAUUUCCAGGUUGUGGUGAACACAACUCAUUUUCAUCAUCCAUGUCAUGUUACAGCCAUGAAUGUGCUUUAAAGAAUUGGAAAAAUAACUUGGUACUGUAUAAGUAAACUGUACAAGAAAGCUGAUGCAUACCCACCAUUCCCCUCAAAAGUCACUCAAAUCAAAAAUAUUGUACACAAUGUUGACAUGGAAACAUUCUGCUCACUGAGAACAGCACAGAUAAAAGAGAAAGACAAACGUGACGACGUUCAACCUCUGCCGCAAUCACAGUGGAGGUUAUGUUCAAGUGAGGAUGAGUGACUGAUGUUUCGAGAGAACCUGGGGGUUCCAAAAUGGAGAUACUGUUUGACACUGUGGAGUCUUUUUAGAACAAGGACAGAUCUGGAAUGUACUAUAACAUUCUGCGUGCACACGCACACACGUACACACAAACAUGUACAGCAGUUCAUAAUAACAUUGCAGUCAAAUAUGUAAAAAAAAAAAAAAAAAAAAAAGUUUUUAGUCCUGCAAAGUAAACUGACUUCAUUCUUCAAACUGUUAAAAAACAAAACGAAAAAAUAAUCUCAUCUCUUGGCUGCCACAGCCUGGUAUGUUCCCUAUGACACAUCCGUGGAAAUAUAUCCUGCAGAUACUACAACCGAUAACCGUGACUGGACUUCAGGAUAGACCUACUAUAUGUCAGAUGGGAGACGAUUGGCAAAUGAUGAAAUAAAAAAAAAAAAGUUCUUGCUUUUUCCAAAUCUAACUUUCACGUGGACUUCUGCCUAUAGUGAAGUGUCAAGUCCCCGCCACUUUUCCAAAUAAAAUGUUUAACUGUUCGCAGGUCCAUGUUGGGAUCCAGAACCUAAAGGUGAAGAGAGAGAGAUAUUUUUUUUUUUAGCACUUUUAAACUAGGUAACACCACUCCUCAAAAUAAUAUUAGGUUAUAAAGAGCUGUACUUAAAAAUAUAUUCUGAUCAGUGCGUAAAUCACCGUCUUUUACUGACUAUAAUAAUUCACACUCAAGUUGCACGAGGCAAAAAUUCCACAACGAAUACAAGAAAAAUCAUAAGUCAUACUGGAGUAUAAAUUGCAUUUCUGGAAGGACAAAAAGUCAUAAAAUGGAGCACAACAGACUUAAAAGCAUUUGUUAAUAUCACUAACAGUUAUGCAUAGGGAUGUCACGGUUCAAUCACGUGAUCAGAAAUUGGGCCAAUCGCGCCAUUUUUUUUUUUUUUUAGAAGAUUGGAAUCGGGUGAAAAGGAUUGGAUGUUUAUUUAAAAAUACACUCACCGGCCACUUUAUUAGGUACACCUGUCCAACUGCUCGUUAACACUUAAUUUCUAAUCAGCCAAUCACAUGGCGGCAACUCAGUGCAUUUAGGCAUGUAGACAUGGUUUAAGACAAUCUCCUGCAGUUCAAACCGAGCAUCAGUAUUGGGAAGAAAGGUGAUUUGAGUGACUUUGAACGUGGCAUGAUUGUUGGUGCCAGAAGGGCUGGUCUGAGUAUUUCAGAAACUGCUGAUCUACUGGGAUUUUCACGCACAACCAUCCCUAGGGUUUACAGAGAAUGGUCCGAAAAAGAAAAAAUAUCCAGUGAGCGGCAGUUCUGUGGGCGGAAAUGCCUUGUUGGUGCCAGAGGUCAGAGGAGAAUGGCCAGACUGGUUUGAGCUGAUAGAAAGGCAACAGUGACUCAAAUAACCACCAGUUACAACCAAGGUAGGCAGAAGAGAAUCUCUGAACGCACAGUGCGUCGAACUUUAAGGCAGAUGGGCUACAGCAGCAGAAGACCACGCCGGGUGCCACUCCUUUCAGCUAAGAACAGGAAACUGAGGCUACAAUUUGCACGAGCUCAUCGAAAUUGGACAAUAGAAGAUUGGAAAAACGUUGCCUGGUCUGAUGAGUCUCGAUUUCUGCUGCGACAUUCGGAUGGUAGGGUCAGAAUUAGGCGUCAACAACAUGAAAGCAUGGAUCCAUCCUGCCUUGUAUCAACGGUUCAGGAUAUUGAUGGUGGUGUAAUGGUGUGGGGAAUAUUUUCUUGGCACUCUUUGGGCCCCUUGGUACCAAUUGAGCAUCGUUGGAACGCCACAGCCUACCUGAGUAUUGUUGCUGACCAUGUCCAUCCCUUUAUGUAAGUAUAACACCAUUUACCAUUACCAUUAUGACCACAAUGUACCCAACUUAUGAUGGCUACUUUCAGCAGGAUAAUGCGCCAUGUCAUAAAGCUGGAAUCAUCUCAGACUGGACUCUUGAAUAUGACAAUGAGUUCACUGUACUCAAAUGGCCUCCACAGUCACCAGAUCUCAAUCCAAUAGAGCAUCUUUGGGAUGUGGUGGAACGGGAGAUUCGCAUCAUGGAUGUGCAGCCGAUAAAUCUGCACCAACUGUGUUAUGCCAUCAUGUCAAUCUGGACCAAACUCUCUGAGGAAUGCUUCCAGCACCUUGUUGAAUCUAUGCCAUGAAGAAUUGAGGCAGUUCUGAAGGCAAAAGGGGGUCCAACCCGUUACUAGCAUGGUGUACCUAAUAAAGUGGCCGGUGAGUGUAUAUUAUGUUUUUCUGCUUCAUACUUGCAAGCGCUACAGCCUCUCACCCUCCCUCCUGUUAAGCAGUGUGGCCAAACUGUCCAGCUUGCGUUUGGUACUUAAAGUUGACGAUGAUUGAUAGGUUUGUCGCUUUAUUCUUGCCAGAGAAGCUUGGUAGUAGAGCUGGGAAUCUUUGGGCACCUAACGAUUCGAUUACGAUUACGAUUCAGAGGCUCCGAUUCGAUUAUAAAACGAUUAUUGAUGCACCCCCCCCUUCUUUUUUAUUUUUUUUUUUUAAAUUAAAUGUUUUGUACAUUAGUACCAAAAUUGUUCAAAAAUAACAGUAAAUAAAGAACUCCAGUCCCCAUUCUGUAACAGCAGCUUUAAACUACAUUCAAUUAAUUUAAUGUUGUGAAUCAACUGUUAAAGUUGUUAAAAUUGCUCCCGUUAUUCCAUAAUUUCCCUUUUGUCUACUUUCGACAUGUGAAAGUUUUAAAACUAUUUUAAAGAUAGAUUCAAGUCAAUAUUUUACCGAUUUAGGAGUAUUUUAGAUAAAAAGUUAAUUAGGUUUGCUUGGAAGGUUCGCUACAACAGCCUUGCAGGGAAGUGUACUGCUUUAAGAUGGCGGCCGUUAGUAAACGGCCGCAUCUACCUUUUUGUAGAUGUGCUGCUCACGCUAACGAAUCAAUGUUGUAUCUAGCCCUAUAUAAAUGAUAUCUACCAUUACAUUAUGUGGAUGACGUACUUUGUAGCAGCUUUUCGGCAGCAGUCAGGUAUGUUGUUGUGUUUUUUUAUCUCGUGGCAUGAGUUGAGCUAGAGCCGUGAGUUGAGCAUUGGCAUUACCCGAGGGGCCGGGUAAUGAGAAGCAUGAUGUUUAGCUACUCUCGCUGCGUUCUUUCUCGUUGCGCCCCAAAGACUGCGCGGCGCGCUGAGUGUGUUGUACUUCCGCUUUACUUGGCAUAUUUCAAUAAUCGGAAUUUGGAUGUUUGUGAAUCGCUCUCGAUUCUUCCACGGCCGAAUCGCGAAUAAUCUAAGAAUCGGAAAUUUUGCACACCUCUACUUGGUAGUGCUACGAUCAAAGGCACAAAUGUGUCAAUCAUUGUUAAACUGGCAUAUGUGUGCUGUGGCAACUCAUUGUGUAAUUGAGAGGCUAUUCUCAGCAGCGAGAGCAUCAAACUGAGUGGAUCUGAAUGGACUCACUCAAGGAAGUAUUUAAUAAAAGCAAGCAUUUUUCUACGUUAUUCUUGGUUAAAAAUAAUUCACAUUAUGAAGGCGGCACGGUGGGAUAUUAACAUGUUUGGAACUUUUGUUAAAAAAAAUUUUUUUUUUUUAAAAAAGCGGUAUUGGAUCGGGACUCAGCAGCAGCAGAUUCUCAAAAUCAGGUGACUGACUCGGGUGCAAAAAUUAGCAAUCGGGACAUCCCUAGUUAUGCAGAUGAUGGCCUAAACAACAUAACACUGCUUGUUCACCAAAUACCCCAAAAAGUCAAUCAAAUCACGUAACGUUUAGCAAAGAUUGACCAUUGAAUUCUGUAAAUUUUCCAAGUACCUGGUCUUGACACAUUAACUCUAUCUUCUCCUCAGCUAGCAUGGCCAUGUCUUCUUCCUUUUCCUGCUCCCCGGGUUUAUCGUUAGCAGAUGAACUGGUGGUCUGAGACUCGUUGUCCAGAUUGAUGAUCUUUUCGUACACAUGCUCCAUCACCUUCCUCACCUGCAGCAUGUCACUGGCUGACAGACGGUCCCUGUUGAAAAAUAAAACUGGCCAAAUAAGUUCAAGAGAGGGAGGGCAGUAAAACAAAAAGUGUUUAUGGUAAAGCUUACUUCUUCAGAGUUUUUGCACCAGAGGAUGAAUGAGGCUGGAGGUAGAAUGGAAUUUUGUUGAACUUGGGCAUAUUUUUCUGGCAAAAGAAGAGAAAUAAUAACCACGUGUUAAGCUACUUGCAAUAAUGCAUACACAAUCCUCUUGAAUUGUAAUAAAGGCUUUAUUAAUAUGACUUAUGCUGUGUCAAGGUUAAUAUUUUGAAUUACAACCCAAAUUCCUCUUAAGAUGGGACAUCUUAAAUAAAGCUGCAGCUAUGGAUUAUUUUAGUAAUUGAUUAAUCUAUCCACUAGUCAGUUCAAAUAAUCAAGUAAUCAGAUUAGGAACAUUUAAUGUGUUGCAGAAUAAAUUUUAGGAGGUGUAAAACAAAGGCUUGCUAAAAUGGUCAUGUUUAUCACUAUGUAAGAUUACCUUUUGUUUUAACAACAUUUAAUAAAUGUUUGGGAAAUGAGGACACCAAUUGUUGAAGCUUUGUUGGUAGAAAUCAUUCCCAUUGUUGCUUGAUGUUCAGCCCUAGCUGUUAUACAGCAUGGGGUCUUCGUUGCCGUAUUUUACGCUUUUUCAAAGGGAGACAGGUGUGGACUUCAGGUAGACCAGUCUUGUUGUACCUGCACCACGCUGUUGUGACACAUGCAAAAUGUGGUUUGGCAUUGGCUUGCGGAAAUAAGCAGGGGCGUCCGUGAAAAAGACAUUGCUUGGAUGUCAGCAGACGUUUCUCCAAAACUGUAUAGACCCUACUCACAUGACGUCACAACCACGCCUCCGCGCCAUAUUGUCCGUCUACUCAUCGUGUUGAUGCAUUACCGCUACGUAAAUUCCUCCUAUAACGGCGUGUUUCUCUGCUCAUUAACUUUAAUAAUCAAAAUGGUGAAGGCGUGUGUGGCGGUUGGUUGCAAUAACAGAGAAGAUAGACGGAGAGACUUGAAGUUCUACCGUAUUCCGAGAGACCCGGAGAGGAGAGCGAGAUGGACUGCUGCAAUUCGAUGAGAAAACUGGGCUCCAAACAAUUACCACGGAUUAUGUAGUAGUCAUUUUAUAUCUGGUAAGAUGCAUUUAAUAUAUAUUUAGAGGGUUUUGGGCUGACAACCACAAUUAAGAUCAUUGCGAGGCAAAUCGCCGACAACAUACAGUUUCAAAUUCAAGAUGCUUAUUUCUUCCACCAUCAUUACAUUUUAAAUAAUAUUUAGCUGGUACCAAGUGAAAGAAGCUGGCCUCGUUUAUGGAUCAUCAGUUAAACAGGUGUGUCCAAACCUUUUGCAAAGGGGGCCAGAUUUGGUGUGGUAAAAAUGCGGGGGACUACCUUGGCUGAUUUACAUAGAACAAUAUAUUUAAACAAAUUUUAGCAAGCCCUUCUGUGUGUCACAUUUGCUUUAUUAUGUUUUUUAAUUUAUAAUUUCAACAGUCUCGUCUUUGUGGCUUUCUCUUUCGACACUCAGACUCUUGCGAAAUACUGCUGCUGUGAAAAAAUAAACUAGCUUCACGUUGCUAUAAUUUCUCGCUGCGUAUCUUCCCUGUAAUGUUGUCGUACAUAGCAGCGUGUCUUGUUUAGUAAUAUUGCGUCACAUCGAACUCUUUGAAAACAGCGACUGUCUCUUUGCAAAUGAGGCAGACACAGUUGUUGCGUGUUUUAUUGAAGAAAUAGUCCAAUAUCCACCUAUCCUUGAAGCGUCGGCCAUCACAGUGAACUUUUUUUUUUUUUGAUUGUUGCCAUUUUAGAAAUCACACAGGGUAAUGUUGCUUAGAGUGCUGCUCUUAAAGUUUUUCAAACUUUCGUGAGAAUAGGCUGAUUUUGUGUGGACAAGAUAUUUGUAGAUAUCAGGGUAGCAGAUGUCAGGCAGAGAGGGCGAAUACAGCGGGUCGAAAAAUAUCGAUUUAGGCAUCAAAUAUGGAUCUAGCGAAUGGAUAGACUGAAGCUUUUCCACAUAAUGCCUUUUAUGCAACGCAUCCAAUGAGUUUACAGCGUCUGAAAGCACCGGGGCUUCCAUGAAUUGCUCUAUAAACUGAACGACUAAUUGAAACCAUUGAGAAUAGGGCUAAACAGAGACGGACAAUAUGGCGGCCGGAUACAGCGACACGUCAUUCUGUGACGUUGGUGAGUAGGGUCUAUAGACCCCAAUCACGUGACGUCACAACUCCGCUCCCCUGACUGGUGCCGCCAUAUUAUCCGUCAGCUCAUCGUGUUUACAUAAUACCACUACGUACAUUCCUCCUAUUACUGCUUGUCUAAGGAAUCACCGCCUAGUAAACGAACCCAAAAACCUUCCUGACAAUCGUUAACAUUGAUUAAUCAAAAUGGUGAAGGCAUGUGUGGCGGUUGGUUGCAGUAACAGAGAAGAUAAACGGACAUUGCAAAUCUCUAAAGCAGCACGGUUUGUUUAUCUCGGUCCAUGAUGCGUUUGUGUCGACAGCUGUUAGACAGCGGCGAAAACAUCAGUAUGAUGCCAACAUGAUCGCAGACAUCAUCAGACGGAGACUACAAAGCUCGUCGCCAUGGUCGCGCAGCAAGAAAGUGAGCACAACAACAGGUGUUGUACCGAAAAACAGCCGCCCUGCGUGAAAUGUCCCCCCUGACGGGAGCGCCCACACGGAAACGACUUUCUUGUACCGUGAAUAUGUAUUAUUUUACUCUGCGUGCACUAAUAAAUGUCAUACCUGUGUGAUUGUCAUUGGGAUAUGGUCGUGAAAACCUGUAGACUAAUACA